AUGGUUAGAAUUGGCAAGUACUAAAAAUGCAACUAUAACCGCGUAUUGAUUAAAAUCACAAAUAGGUUUUAGUACUGUUAGUCCUAUACCUAAUAAAAAAGCAUUAAAAUAUGUUAUAUCUCAUUCUGAUGGUUUAUUACGUGUUUUAGUAUUAAUUAAUGGUAAACUAAAAACUUAUAGUAAAUAUUAUCAAAUUAUAAAUAACUUAUUCGUUAAUAAUAAAUUAGUAGAAACUAAAUUUUAUGCUAAAUAUGAUCAAUUUAUUAUGGGUGAUAUAUAUGAUUUUGAUAAUUACUGAUUAACAGGGUUUAUAGAUUCUAAUGGUUCAUUACAAAUCAAAUUUAUUGAACGUAAAGGAAAUCCUAGUAAAUAUGAAGUUAGAUUAAAAUUACAAAUACCUCAAAAAGAUAGAGAAAUUUUAGAUUAUAUAAAAUUAUUUGUAUGUAAUACUAAAGAUAUUAAUGAUAUAAAUAAUUCAAAAGGUUGUUAUAUUGGUUCUUGUAAUCAUAAAAAUGGUAAUUAUACUUAUUAUUUAGAAACUACUUCUUUUGCAAGAACUAAAAAGAUUAUAUUAUAUUUAGAUAACUAUCAAUUAAUAUCUUAUAAAUAUAUAAAUUAUUUAUAA